CCUGUCACCCCCAUUACCCCCCCACAUCCCAGCACCUUCCGGCUGCCUUCAGUACUACACCGAGACCUCAGGCUACGUCGAGAGCUUCAACUUCGAUAAUGCUGCUCCUGCUGAUGGAAUAGGUUCCCGCCAGAUCGCCAACCAGGAUUACGGCAUCUGCGUCGAGAUGGAGGACGGAUACUGUGGGAUCAUCUGGGAGAGGAACACGACCAUCGGGGACAACAGCUUCACCGUCAGCGGGAACGUACCAGGAACCGACCCCGCGCUUAUCGGCACGGCCGCGGCUGGCAGCACGGGCGCGGCGUGCACGACCGACUACGUGAUCAUCCCGGGCGGCGUCGACAACAACCAGAAUUCGGAGGACAGGUUCUGCGGCCUCGGGUUCCCGGACUCCGUCACCUCUACCAUGAAGCCCUUCGUCCUCUACGUUCACACUGACGCAGACGAAGCCACAGACGUCGCCAACCGAGGCUUCAACCUGCAGUACCGACAGAUCACCGACUGCUAGAGUGAUUCAGCAUUUAGUGUGAAUGACGCAUUAACAAUUACAAAAAGAAUUACAAAUAUCUGACCACUUGUUUAACGUAACGACUGUUAGCUAAACAAAAAAUAGAGAGAGAGAGAGUUAGCAAGGCUGACUGUAUUUAUCUGUAAACAACUUUAAUAUCAUGACGUAAACCUAUUUGUGAACGACUUCUAAACUGCUCUUUGAAGAUGUUAUUUUGUUCUCUCUCCUUGAAUGAUAGUUGUUACCUUUCAUUGUUAUUGACGUAUUCUGUUAUUGUUUGUUAAUCGUUUGUUGAUUUUUACUUGUAUGAUUCACGUCACUGUAGUUUACUGUUGGAUGUGUUGUGCCAGCUGGUUUGGCUCCCAAGGGUUGCAGUGGUGUAAUUUAUUGUUAUUUUCUUAAAUAAAUAUAACACAGUGAAUGUU